CCGCCCCCCGGCCCCGCCGGCCGCCAGCGCGGGGGUGCGGGCCCGCAGCAGCAGCGGCAGCGAGCGGCGGGAGGCAGUGCCCCGGCAGCCGGUCACCCCCGCUGAGGGUCACCUGCCCAGCCCAGGUGGGGCGAUGCGGAGCGGAGGAGGCUGCUUUGGAGAUUGCUUCUGAGGGAUGUUUUGUGUGUGUUUACCUCUGCUCCCGGUUUCUCUUUCAUCUGAGGACGCAUCUGGCUCCAGCUCUGUUAAACUAUCUGCCUCCUGGUACCGUUCGUAGAUAACAGAAAGAAACCUGAGCCCGAGAGGCAAUUCCCCACCUUCUUCCACCUAACGUAACCUUUUCAGGCGCCUUUGAAGGUUUGCUGGUGCUCCGGCGAUGAUGGCAGUGGUGGGUUCCCUUGGGCUGUACUAAGAGCCUCUUGUUUUCUUUUCCCUUUCUUCUUAGAGGCAUUUCAUCUUUAAGGGCCGGCUGCUUGCGUACACUUUUAUACCCACCGAAGCGAUCACGAAACCAUGUUGUCUGGUGGAAGAAGUGCGUUUCUGUGCCUUGGAAUGAUACUGAGCUUUUGGAGCUCUGCGAGUUGGAUGCCUGUCGGAGGAUGCCCACAUAAAUGUACAUGUAUUGCUUCCAACGUGGAUUGUCACGGACUGGGACUCAAAACUGUACCGAGGGAUAUUCCCAGGAAUGCAGAGAGACUUGAUCUAGAAAAAAAUAACAUCACAAGAAUCACGAAGACAGACUUCACAGGACUGAAGAAUCUCCGUGUCUUACACUUAGAAGAAAAUCAGAUUAGCGUGAUUGAACGUGGAGCGUUUCAGGAUCUAAAACAACUUGAACGGCUGCGUCUGAACAAGAAUAAAUUGCAAGUUCUUCCAGAGCUGCUUUUUCAGAACACACAGAAGUUAACUAGAUUAGACCUGAGUGAAAACCAGAUAAAAGGAAUCCCUAGAAAGGCCUUUCGAGGAAUCGUUGAUGUGAAGAAUUUGCAACUGGACAACAACCAGAUCAGCUGCAUCGAAGAUGGAGCCUUCCGAGCCCUGCGCGACCUGGAGAUCCUUACUCUCAACAAUAACAACAUCACCCGCAUUCCUGUUACCAGUUUCAAUCAUAUGCCAAAGAUCAGGACUCUGCGGCUUCACUCCAACUUCCUGCACUGCGACUGCCACCUGGCCUGGCUGUCGGACUGGCUGCGGCAGCGCCGCACCAUCGGGCAGUUCACCUUCUGCCUGGCCCCCGUCAACCUGCGCGGCUUCCUGGUGGCAGAUGUGCAGAAGAAGGACUUUGUCUGCUCUGGUUCCCAGUCUGAACCUCCAUCGUGCAGUGCCAGUUCCAUCACUUGCCCAUCUGCCUGCACCUGCAGCAACAAUGUGGUGGAUUGUCGAGGAAAGGGCUUAACAGAAAUUCCAGCUAACCUCCCAGAAGACAUUUGGGAAAUACGUUUGGAACAAAACCUCAUCAAAAUCAUUCCCCCUGGAGCUUUUACCCAGUACAAGAAGCUAAAGAGAAUAGACAUCAGCAAGAAUCAAAUCUCUGACAUUGCGCCUGAUGCAUUCAAAGGCCUGAAGUCUCUCAUUUCAUUAGUGCUCUAUGGAAACAAGAUCACAGAGAUUCCCCAGGGCCUUUUUGAUGAUCUUGUGUCUCUGCAGCUGCUGCUUCUCAAUGCCAAUAAGAUCAACUGCCUGAGGGUAAACACGUUUCAAGGUCUGCAUAAUCUCAAGCUGCUAUCUCUUUAUGACAACAAACUGCAGACCAUCAGCAAGGGUCUCUUUGCACCUCUCCGAUCGAUCCAGACUCUACAUUUAGCUCAGAAUCCAUUUGUGUGCGACUGCCAUUUGAAGUGGCUGGCUGAUUACCUGCAGGAUAAUCCGAUAGAGACCAGCGGCGCUCGGUGCAGCAAUCCGCGUCGCCUUGCCAACAAGCGAAUCAGCCAGAUCAAGAGCAAGAAGUUCCGCUGCUCAGGGUCAGAGGAUUACAGAAGUAAAUUCACUGGGAAGUGUUUCAUGGACCUUGUCUGUCCCGAGAAGUGUCGCUGCGAGGGAACAAUUGUAGACUGCUCUAACCAAAAACUCACCCGAUUACCCAGUCACCUUCCUGAAUAUACUACUGAUCUGCGUCUGAAUGACAAUGAUAUUUCUGUUUUGGAAGCCAUCGGGCUCUUCAAGAAAUUGCCCAACCUCCGAAAAAUAAAUCUAAGCAACAACAAGAUCAAGGAGAUCCGAGAAGGCACAUUUGAUGGAGCUUCAGGAGUGCAGGAGCUGAUUCUGACAGAGAAUCAACUGGAGUCAGUGCACGGACGCAUGUUUCGAGGCCUCUCAGGGCUAAAGACAUUGAUGCUGAGGAGCAACUCUAUCAGCUGUAUAAACAAUGACACCUUUGCUGGACUGAGCUCAGUGAGGCUUCUUUCUCUGUAUGACAAUCACAUCAGUACUAUCACCCCUGGAGCCUUCAGCACAUUAGUCUCUUUGUCUACAAUUAAUUUGCUGGCUAACUCCUUUAAUUGUAACUGCCAUUUGGCCUGGCUGGGAAAAUGGUUGAGGAAGAAGAGAAUUGUCAGUGGAAAUCCACGCUGCUUGAAACCCUUUUUCUUAAAGGAUAUUCCAAUCCAAGAUGUAGAUGUCCAGGACUUCACCUGUGAUGGUAAUGAAGAAAGCAGCUGCUUGCUUUCACCUCCCUGCCCUUCCCAGUGUACCUGUGUGGACUCGGUGGUACGCUGCAGCAACAAAGGGCUGCGGAUAUUGCCCAAAGGAAUUCCCAAAGACGUGACUGAGCUGUACCUGGAGGGAAACCAUCUGACUGCUGUGCCGAAGGGACUCUCCACCUUCAGACACCUCACACUGAUUGAUUUGAGCAACAACAGCAUAAGUGUAUUGACCAACUAUACCUUCACCAACAUGACUCAGUUAUCAACACUCAUCUUGAGUUACAAUAGACUCCGAUGCAUUCCAGUCCAUGCCUUCCAUGGGCUCAGGUCUCUUCGAGUGCUGACACUCCAUGGAAACGAUAUUUCCAGUGUUCCAGAAGGUUCUUUCAACGACCUGGUAUCCCUGUCCCAUCUGGCUCUGGGCACCAACCCUUUGCACUGUGACUGCAACCUCCGUUGGCUUUCCGAGUGGGUGAAGGCUGGGUACAAGGAGCCGGGGAUAGCCCGCUGCAGCGGGCCCGAUGCCAUGGUGGACAGGCUGCUGCUCACAACACCGACGCACCACUUCCAGUGCAAAGAGCCAGUGGAUAUCAGUGUUGUGUCCAAGUGUAACCCCUGCCUCUCCAACCCAUGUAAGAACAAUGGGACGUGCAACAAUGAUCCACUGGAGAUUUACCAAUGCACUUGCCCUUUUGGCUUCAAGGGUCGUGACUGCAGCGUGCCCAUUAAUUCUUGUGUCCAAAAUCCAUGUCAGAAUGGAGGGACCUGCCACCUCACCGAGGCAAAUAAAGAUGGAUUCAGCUGUUCUUGUCUCCUUGGGUAUGAGGGGGAGAGGUGUGAAAUAAACCCAGAUGACUGCGAGGAUAAUGACUGUGAGAAUAACUCUACAUGUGUGGAUGGGAUCAACAACUAUGUCUGUAUCUGCCCUCCUAACUACACAGGUGAGCUGUGUGAUGAGGUGAUUAACCACUGUGUUCCUGAUCUGAAUCCAUGCCAACAUGAGUCAAAAUGCCUUCCCCUUGACAAAGGAACCAGAUGCGAGUGCUUGCCGGGCUACAGCGGAAAACACUGCGAAAUAGAUGAUGAUGACUGUGUGGGCCAUAAGUGUCACCAUGGAGCUGUCUGCGUAGAUGCAGUCAAUGGCUACACCUGCAUCUGUCCUCAGGGCUUCAGUGGACUCUUCUGUGAGACUCCUCCGCCGAUGGUCCUGCUGCAGACGAGCCCGUGUGACAACUAUGAGUGCCAGAACGGGGCGCAGUGCAUCGUCGUGCACCACGAGCCCGUCUGCCGCUGCCUCGCUGGCUUCGCAGGCCAGAAGUGCGAGAAGCUCAUCACCGUCAACUUCGUGGGGAAGGAUUCCUACGUGGAGCUGCCCUCGGCCAAAAUCCGCCCUCAGGCAAACAUCUCCCUCCAGGUAGCAACGGACAAGGACAAUGGCAUCUUAUUAUACAAAGGAGACAACGAUCCUUUGGCUCUGGAGUUGUACCAAGGACACGUGAGGCUCAUCUACGACACACUGAAUUCUCCACCUACCACAGUAUACAGCGUGGAAACAGUAAACGAUGGGCAGUUUCAUAGUGUGGAGCUCGUGAUGCUGAAUCAGACUCUGAACCUGGUGGUGGACAAGGGGACUCCCAAGAGUCUGGGGAAACUCCAGAAGCAGUCUUCAGUCAGCCUCAACACACCACUCUACAUUGGAGGGAUCCCAACCUCCUCUGGCUUGUCAUCGCUGCGCCAGGGUGCAGAUAAGACACCGAACGGUUUCCAUGGCUGUAUCCACGAUGUCCGCAUCAACAACGAGCUGCAGGAUUUCAAGGAUUUACCACAGCAGUCCCUGGGAGUCCUUCCUGGCUGCAAGUCCUGCAACAUCUGCAAGCACGGCAUCUGCCGGUCCCUGGAGAAAGCAAGUGUGAUCUGUGAAUGUCACCCAGGCUGGACGGGCCCCCUGUGUGACCAGGAGACUGGAGACCCGUGUCUUAACCACAGGUGUCUGCACGGUAAGUGCAUUGUGGCCAAUGUUGCUUACACCUGUAAGUGCAUGGAGGGCUACACAGGCAUGUACUGUGACAAGAAGAACAAUUCCUCAAAUCCCUGCAGGACUCUGAAGUGCAACCAUGGACAGUGUAAAGUGUCAGAGCAUGGGGAGCCCUACUGCGAGUGUGAUCCCAACUACAGCGGGGAGCACUGCGACAGAGAGAACCUCUGCCAAGGAGACAUCAUCCGGGAAGUUGUCCGUAAGCAGCAGGGCUACACGUCGUGUGCCACUGCCUCCAAAGUGCCACGCCUGGAGUGCCGCGGUGCGUGCGGCAGCGGGCAGUGCUGCGUGCCCCUCCGCAGCAAGCGGCGGAAAUACUUCUUCCAGUGCAUGGAUGGCUCCACCUUCACGGAGGAACUGGAGAGACAUGUGGAAUGCGGCUGCUCCAAGUGCUUAUAAGCCAUUCUCCAGUCUCUUGCCACUUUAAUCGACUCAGAAGCGCUAUCAAAAUGGGACCUAUUUACUUUCAGAGUGAAGAAGAAGAAAAGAAUUAUUAAGUAUAUUGUAAAAUAAGCAAAAAAUAGAACUUAUUUUUAUUAUGGAAAGUGACUAUUUUCAUCUUUUAUUAUAUAAAGUAUCGCACCACUUUGGGUAUAUGUAUCAUAUAGUGAGCUAUUUUUACCAUGAAACUUUUCUAACAGUUGUAAGAAAAAAAAAAAAUCAAAAGUUAAAAGUUAAAAAAAAAAGAUUCUAAAGCAAACCUAGCCUAAAGGAGAAAUGUGGGGUGACUGCAGGUGUGCACACAGUGACCCGAUGUAAAGGUGUUCCAAGGACCUGCCACAGGACUGAUCUGGGCUGGAGGAGUCUCCGAGGCGCUGGCUGGGUGUCCCAGGAGAGCAGAUCCCGUGAUUCCCGACAUCCAUCCAUCCUGCCCAGGCUCCCUGAGGAAGCGUCCCCUCAGUCCCUCGCUCUGCCUGACACUGCCGAUGCUGUUUGCUCCUGUACAGUGGCUCCGCUUGCUCCUCUUGAACUGGUUCCCUAUAGGCACUGCCGCAGCUUGAGGCUAACGACAUUAUUUGACUAUUGUAAUACUAUACUACAUUUUUUGCUGUGUAUGUUGUAUUUAUCUGUGUUCACAUUAUAUUCUGCAGCAACUGUAUCUAUAGAGCACAGGCAGCUUUAUCCAAAAGAAGGGGACGAAGGGAAAGGAAGUGGGGAAACGUGUUGCUUUGGGAAAUUUGGGGGCAAAAUGUGAACUAAGUGCUAAGUAAUGCCUAAUAAAUGACAUAGUACUUUUGUGUAAA